AUGGUGAUAACAUUAAUAAUAUUCCAUGAUGAGGACAUUAAUGACGAUGACAAAAAAAAAGAAGAAGAAAAAGACGAAGAAGAAGAAAAAAAAGAAGAAAAAGAAGAAAAAGAAGAAAAAGAAAAAGAGGAAGAAGAAAAAGAAAAAGAAGAAGAAGAGGAAGAAGAAGAAGUAAAUGAUGAUAACGAUAGUGACUGUGGUCAAGAAAACGAAAUUGUCGAAGAGACUGAUGUCGAGAUCUAUAAUGAGAAGGACAAUGUUAUGAAUCGACCACAAGACAUCAACAAAGCCAACAGCAACCACAACAACAUCAACAACAAAACCACCAACAACCACAACAACAACAACAACAAAACCUCCAACGACAACAACAACAAGGACCACAACGGCGGCAGCAGCAACCAGAUUAUCGACAACCUCAAUUUGAAAACUAACGACAUCAACAAAACCAACGCAACAACAACAACAACAUUAUUGACGGCAUUAACUUGA